UGGUAUCAAAUCUUUCAAAGUAUCGUUGAUAGACAUGUACCUCUGCGGACGAAGAAAGUUAAGUCUUUACAGCUUCCAAAGUGGAUGACAUCAGAAAUUCUCGCUGGAAUUAGACAACGAAAUCAAUUGAAAUUGCAAGCACGAAGCGGUGUUAUACCAUGGGAAACUUUCACACACCAACGAAACAAAAUAACAACCCAAAUAAAACAAGCAAAACAGAAUUACUUCAAACAAGAAAUCUAUCAAAACAAACAUGACUCUAAGAAACUAUGGAAACUGAUGAAAGAUGCAGUGGACCUCAAUAUGAACAAAGCAACACCUAAUAAGAUACUUGAUAACACUGAUUUGAUCACGGAUCCAAAAAAAAUCGCGAACAUUUUCAACUCCCAUUUCUCCCAAAUUGCCAACACUGUUACCAAAGAAUCUGCACAUCACCAGCCUAAUUUUGAUGCCUUGCGUAAUUUUGUGGAAAGGGUUCACGCCAAGACAAAGAUAACUAUAGACCAAUCUCUGUGUUGUCAGUACUGUCAAAAAUCGUGGAACGCUAUUACGGAUUACAUCUCAUAA